AUGAUCCGUGUUAUAAAACCAUCAGGAACUGGAAGUCAACAUUUCAACUACAAGCACUACUUCUCAAUUGUCCUGCUAGCAAUCGUUGAUUCUAACUAUAAAUUUGUAUACGUCGACAUAGGAUCAUUUGGAAAAGAUUCAAACUCGACGAUUUUUGAAAAUUCUACAUUUUGGAAUCUGCUACAAAAAAAUGAACUUAACAUUCCUGAAAGUUGUCCAAUAUUGAAUGCUGAUAUCAUUGUAGAUUAUGUUUUUGUAGGAGAUGAGGCAUUUGGCAUUUCUCAACAUGUUUUACGUCCUUAUGGAGGAAGGUAUUUAACAAAAAAUAAGCGUAUAUUUAAUUAUCGCUUGUCUCGUGCGCGAAGGUAUGUCGAAUGUGCAUUUGGAAUACUAUCCAAUAAAUGGAGAAUUUUUCAUCGACCAAUGAAUGUUACAACUGAAUUAGCAGUGGAUAUUACAAAAGCGUGUUGCGUUCUACACAAUUAUGUACGCGAAAAAAACGGAAUUAAUUUUCAAGAUACUCUUUCUAUUGAUGGAUUUGAGGAUGUAAACACUACAUAUGCUGACCGUGGCACACGAUCAGCGAGUGAUAUGAGAAAUACAUUUGCUGAUUAUUUUUCUACAGUUAGAGCGGUACCUUGGCAGCAUGAUAAAUAA